AUGAAUAAAGAAAAUGUUUGUCAAGCCUUUAAAACAGUGAAAGUUAGCAAUCGAGAAUUAGAAACCUUUGUGAAUUCUCGAGUUAAUUAAUUGUAGAGAUAACUGCAGGAAAAAGAAUAAGAAAUUGCUUAAUUGUAAUAAUACAAUCCAUCUGCGCAUUCUCAUUUGAUCGAAAUUAAAUUUGAUACCAUUCAAGCAGAAAAUCAUUAAUUAAGAAAUUAAGUUAAUUAAUAUGAAUAAAUGAUUAAAUCCAUUUAGAAUAAAUGCAAUUCGUAUUAAAAUCAAAUAGAAACAUUAACCAAUCUUCUCUAAGAAACUCAAAUCACUUUAGACUUUGAGAGAUAAGCUAAAUAAGCUUUGGAACUCUAACAGUCAAAUAUCUAACUUGAUGCAGAAUCAGAAAAAUCAGCAAUCAAAACAUAAAUUGAUUUAUUAAGGAAAGAAAAAUAUCAAUAUUAAUCGUAAUUUUAAGAAAUUGAUUUAUAAUUGAAAUAAUAAAAUUUGGCCAAUAUGGAACUUACUUAAGAAUUAAGUACACUCAGUAAUUCAUUCUCAUAAUUAUAAUUUUCAUAUUCCAAACUAGAGGAAAAGGCUUAUGAAUUAGAAUCAAAGAAUGAGAUCUUAGUUUCUUAGUUAGAAGUUUACAAAACUUAAAAUGACUAGUUGAAAUCUCAAUGGCAAUAGUCUGACCCUAAAAAUAUAGAAAAACAGUAUUAAUAGAAUGAGAAGAUUGCUGAGCUUGAAGCCAAAUUGAGAUUAUCGUAUGAGAAUACUUCUUAAUUCCAGCAAUUACUGAAUGAAAAAUAAGAACACAUAAAGAAAUUGGAAAGAUAAUUAUAAAGACACUAAAAUUGGAAUGAGAAUAACAAUAUUUUGCAGGAUCAAUUAGAUAAAUCUUAAUAUGCUUUUGAAGAGAUGCAAUUUGAAAAUUAAAAAAUUGCCAAGUACCAAUAAUAAUAAAUAGAAUAAUUGAAAAGACAAUUGGAGUAAUAAAGUAAUAAUAAUGAAGAGUUGAUUGAAACAAAAUAAUAAUUAAAAAUAAUAUAAACUGAAUUUGAAAAUUAUAAAUCCAAUCAAGAUAACAAAUUAAAUGAAAUUAAUUCAAAGCCAUAAUUAGACUAACAAACUGAAUGGCAUUUAGAAAAAUCUAAAUUGGUCAGUUAAAUAUAACACUUGUCAAGUUAAGUUGAAGUUUAAUAAAAUCAAACUUAUGAUUAAUUUAGAAUUCAAAUUGAAAGCUAGAUGGCAUUAAAAUAUUCAGCUGAAAAGGUCCAAUUAGAAAAUCAAUUAUGGGCUGUUCAAGAUUAAUUGAAUGGAAUAUAAAAUUCUAUUGAAUUAUACGUUACAAAAAUUAGUUAAUUAAAUAUUGAGAAUGAUUAAUUAAGAGAAUAAUUAAUUGAAAAUUAGAAUAAUUCAAAACAAAUUUUGAUCUUAGAAUAAUAAAUUCGUAACUUUUGUGUGGAAAUAGAAAAAUUAAAGAGCAUUAUAAUACAGAAAAGCGAUCAAAUAGAAUUUUUGUCCUCAAAGAAAAUAUAGACAGAAUAAUUGGUUAAUUAUGUGUAAGAAUUGGAAAGAAAAGUGAAUCAUCUAAGUUAAGACAAUCAAAGGUUAAAUGCAAUAAUAAUUUAAAGAUGCAAAAACUCUUGGUGA